AUGAAUAUUAGUGCUACUUUAAAUAUAUUUAGAUUGCUUUAUAAUCCUAAACUAUGUGUACCUCAGUUAGCUGUACCCACGUUCAAUCAGAUUCCUGUUCCACUUGAUCCUUCAAUCAAGGCAAUUGUAUUUGAUAAAGACAAUUGUUUUGCAUACCCUCAUGAGAAUAAAGUUUGGAAUGAGUAUAGUGACAAAUGGGAACAAUUUAAAAAACACUACCCACCAGAGGCAUUACUCAUUGUCAGCAACUCUGCUGGUUCCAGCGAUGACGUUGGUUAUAAAGAAGCAUUGCUUUUAGAAGAAUCAACUGGUGUUUCUGUAUUAAGACAUUCAACAAAGAAACCUGGCUGUCAAGAGGAAAUAUUAAACCAUUUCAAAAGUAAAAAUUUAAUCCAAAGUCCCGAAGAAAUUGCUAUUGUUGGUGACAGAUUGUUCACUGACAUCAUGAUGGCCAAUCUAAUGGGAUCCUAUAGCGUUUGGAUUACUGUCGGCGUAAAACUAUCUUCUAAUCCAAUAAUAAAGUUAGAGAAACAAUUAUAUCAAUAUUUAAAACCAAAAUAA